ACGAGUUUCACAUCAGGUGAUAACAUAUGAAGCCCACGGGACCGAUUACAGCACAAACAGUGACAUAGAGAAUGGGAUAAUGUUUGGGUUCUUCAGGCGGUCGAGCUCUCACGUGCCACAUUCCUGACUCUUUCCAGAUGUGUAAGAGCGGAAAAAAAAAAAUCAGCCAGCCAUAAGUCAAUGUACUAGAGGUUUCAGAGAGCACAGAAGCAACUACUGGGAGGAUCAGCAGCUGUACCCAGGAGAACAGGUCCCUCUGAAUACAACCACACAUCCCUCUGAAGAAGAUCGCACAACCUACAGGGGCCACAGAGACCAUGUAUCUUCUACCCUGCCUACUACUCCUCUUCUACAACUAUGUGGAAGCCAACUUCACCAGCAAGUGGCAACGAGUGGUGUUCUUUCCAUCCGCCCAUCGGGUGCGGCGCUCCUCGCCUGAAUUCCUGGACCCGGUUCUUCAGAAAUCUGUGCCUGAGGUGGAGUUGCUUUAUGAGUUCCUGUCCACUGGAGUUCAGAUUGAUCCGGACAGCAGGCUGACCCUCCGUGACCCAGAGCUGUCUUCUCUACGAAAAGCCACCACCUUUGAUGUUUUGUGCAAUGACGUCAUCCCGAAGGCCAUCUCAGAUAUCCGGAGGUUGGGAGACCAGUUGUCCAAAGUCCCUGGGCCAUUGAAGAAGGAGGACUUUGAGAGGACAGCGUUGACCAUGGCUUACACAGCCUUAAAAACUUCAAAGUUGGAGAACGAGAACCAAAGGAGAGUAUGGAUGGAAUCCCUUACCAAGCUCUUUGUGGCAAUAAGAAGAGACUUGAUGGCUCUGUACAAUAAAGAUGGUCAACAAUGACCAAUGGCCUUGCCAAACUCUCUACAAUCCCUGCAUGUGAUACCCUGCCAAUAUAACCGUGAAUAUAAUUUAUUUACUUACUGAAACUCUAGAAAUUAAAGGGGUUGUCUAAUCUCAGAAGACUUUAAAAAUUCCUCCAUUCUCCGACUUUCCGCUUAUCUAUCUGCUGGGUACCCUUUUCUUUGUGUAAUAAAGGAGUUUGGGUGUGUUAAAAGUGCACUUUCUUAAAUAAAAAAUAAAAAAACUUAAUUUAA